CGUCCAGGGUGGGAGCUGUGCGCCGGGCUGGGCCGGGCCGGGCCGGGCCGUGCUGUGCUGUGCCGGGCGGCGGGGGAGCGCCGCGUCCCGCAGCCGCCGGGCCUCUCCGAGCUGGGCUCCGGUAACCGGCACCGCCCCGGGACCCCGGACCGGCACCGAGCGCAGGUACCUCCCUGCCAUCUUGGCCACCCUGACCAGGUGCCGCGGGCCCCCCCGCCCGUCCCCAUGGAGUGAGAGCGCUCAGGGGUCUCUGCACUGGCACAGCCCCCUGCAGGAGGGAAGCUGGAAGGCGCCGCCAGUAUGAGUGACUUCUGGCACAAGCUGGGCUGCUGCGUUGUGGAGAAGCCACAGCCGAAGAAGAGGAGGAGACGGAUUGACCGCUCCAUGAUCGGCGAGCCCAUGAACUUCGUGCACCUGACGCACAUUGGCUCCGGAGACAUGGCCGCGGGCGAAGGCCUGCCCAUGACAGGCGCUGUCCAAGAGAUGAGGUCCAAGGGCGGACGGGAGCGACAGUGGACCAGCUCCCGGGUGUUGUAGCAUAUUCCUGGCUAUUUAAGCCCAGACUUGAACUGCCUGAUCCCCACACCGGAGGAAAAGCCAACCUCGGGCGCUUUAUUCCCACAGUAACUUAUGCAGACCAAGCCUUGUGCCUGUCCUGGUGGCUCUGGGUUGUCCCCCACAAAUCCCUCCUUCCCCGAGGCACUGGGCUGAUGAUGGUGACACGGGGAGGGAGCGAGGCCACCCCGCACCCAGCUGGGAUUGCAGCCCAAAGGACGCCACCACCCACCUGCAGCGUACUGGGAGCUGCCAGGCGCAGUCAAGAUGUGCCAAAUCCUACCGCCUUCCCUUUUUUCCACAACCUGAACAGCACUGGUGUCUCCCAUGGGCCCCUCUUGGCACUGGCCUCAGUUCCUCAGUUUUCCUGGGGAAUGGCGGCAAGGCCGGUUCUGCUUUAGGGGCAGAUCCAGAACGGCGUUAAGACCCCAGCAUUUCGGCGUCUCACAGGCAGUGGUUCAGCUCUGACACCGCCACAGAGCCUGUGUUUCCUCCAGCCUUCUGCUGGCAUUGCCACCGCCAGCAAACCUCUGCCUUCCUUCUUUUUUAGGAUAUUUUUUAAGCUUGAAAACCACCUAGGCAGCCUCUGCCAUCACUACCGGGCUUUAACCGGCAUUGUCUGAGGCAGGACGGGGCCUGACCCAGCUGCUCCCCCUGGAAAGAGGGACUGGCUCGGGCUCCUGAAUCUAGGCGCACGUGUACAUAGUUCAAAUAGCGCCAGGAUUAAAUAUUAAAGAGCACGUGCUGGGAGCUGCGGCUGGGCGUCAGAGGGUUUCCCCUUCACCAUGCUUCAGGUGACACAGGGAUGCUCCUGUGCGGGGCCGGGCUCUUCCAGCCCUGCAGCGUGCCCAGUGCUUGCAAGCGAGCGCAGAUGCUUGAUUCAGUUUUUAACCCCACAGAAAACUCACCGGGAAAAACACACCUUUGAAAUAAAACCUUGUGCUGGCCCAA